AUAUCAGUAGAUAGUAUUCAGUAGACAGUACACUAGUGACUAGUAGCAAACGUUGGUGCACGAUUGGAGAUAUUUUCCACUAGCGUUCUGUGCACACACUCUUGUAUAAUUAUUAUUAAAACAUACACAAAACCUGCCCAGUUGUUUGUACCUAAAUUCAGUUUAAAAUACAAAUUCGGUCGACGUUGUUUCCGGUACCAUGUCAAAGUACAAGUUAACGUACUUUAACUUCACCGCCCGAGCAGAACCGAUUAGGUUUUUGUUGUCAUACUUGGGAGAAGAUUUCGAAGACAACCGAUUUGAACGCGAACAAUGGCCAGCGAUAAAACCAGGAAUGCCCUUUGGACAAGUACCGGUGUUGGAAGUGGACGGAAAGGUGUUAAAUCAGUCGGUGCCUAUUUGCCGGUACCUAGCGAAGAAAGCCGGAUUGGCCGGCCAAGACGAAUGGGAAUCGUUGUUGAUUGACAUCGCGGUCGAUAACGUCUUUGAGAUUAGACAAGAAAUAAUGAAGAAUUAUCACGAUCCGGAUGAAGAAGCUAGAAAUAAAAAGAAGGAAAUCCUGGUCAAGGAAUCGAUCCCGUACUACUUGGAAAGAUUCGAAAAAACGGUUUCCGAAAAUGGCGGAUACUUUGUCAAUGGAAAGCUCUCUUGGGCUGACAUAUAUUUCGUGGCUAUCUUGGACCAUUUGAAAUCCGUCAUAGACGUGGACAUGGUAGAAGGUCGUCCAAAUUUAGGGAAACUCAAACAAAAAGUAUUGGACAUCCCUCAAAUCAAAUCGUGGAUAGCCAAACGACCCGGGCCAAUAUUUUAAGUGUGACUGAUAUCCAUUCUUGCACUAAUACUACUAUCUGUGCUAUGUUUAUAAAAUAAACAAUUGCCUUAGGUUAUUAUAACUAUAAUGAGUACAAUCGUUUGUAUUGCAGUGUGUAAUCGAUUCACGUCAGUUCAACGGUACAAUUUUUUGUUAUUUUAUGAGCCUUUUAAACCAGUUAUUGUUAAAUUUGAACACUAUUAAUUAGAUCGGUUAAAUAGAACUGCAUUCCCCUUGUAAAUGUUACUAUUGUAUAUUAAAUUAAAAUAGUACGUUUAAUAAAAUAAUGUUUGAUAAAUAUGA